AUGCGUCGAGCUGUAUUUCAAACUCUGCAUGGACUCUCCCACCCUGGGAUCCGAGCCUCUCAAAAGCUCCUCGCGGAAAGGUUUGUCUGGCCUGGCAUGAACAAGGACGUCAAAGCUCGGACCCGGUCGUGUCUGAGCUGCCAGCGCAACAAGGUGCAGCGUCACAACAAGUCCCCACCAGGCACUUUCCCCAGUCCCGACGCACGGUUCAGCCAUGUGCACCUGGAUGUCGUAGGCCCCUUGCCUCCAUCCAAUGGUUUCACCUACCUCCUUACCUGUGUCGAUCGAUAUACUCGCUGGGCUGAAGCUAUUCCUUUGCCGAAUUUUCAGGCUGAAACCAUCGUGAAGGCCUUCGUCAGUCGUUGGGUAGCCAUGUUCGGUGCCCCAUCCACGGUUACGACUGCUCGUGGUGCCCAGUUUGAGUCGGCACUCUUCCAAACGCUACUCAAUUUCCUUGGCUGCACACGCAUUCGGACGACAGCCUACCACCCCGCUGCCAACGGUAUGGUUGAACGUUUCCAUCGCCAGCUAAAGACCGCCCUGCAUGCCGUCGAAAACCCAGGAAACUGGUCGGACAACCUUCCUCUUGCACUCCUCGGCAUCCGCGCAGCUCUGAAGUCGGAUCUGGGCUGUAGCGCAGCUGAAUUGGUUUUCGGCACUACCCUCCGACUGCCAGGCGAGAUGAUCACCCCGACCUCUCGUGGAGCCGACGAGACUCCUGACAAUCUUGUGCACCGUUUGCGACAAUUCAUGCGCUCGCUUUCCCCGGUUCCACCUCGAACUCCUAUGACUGAGUCUUAUGUCGAAAAAGACUUGGACAACUGUACUCAUGUGUUCGUCCGGUGUGACCGUGUGCGCCAGCCGCUGGAAUCACCUUACGAAGGACCGUUCCGUGUGCUCGCGCGCAACGCCAAAACCUUCCGGAUUCUUCGCAGUGACAAGGAAGACGUGGUCAGUGUCGAUCGGGUCAAGGCUGCUGUUGCAGAGGAGCCGCCGGACCGGUCACAAGGACAAACAUGUGCUGACCCCCUAACCCCUGUUCCUCCAUCUUCCCUAUCCCCUACUCGUUCACCCUGCCCACUGCCUUGCCCUUCCCCUCCCUUGUCCUCCACCCCUCCGUCCCGCAUACUUCCUCUCCCUACAUGUCAACGGCAUCCAACUGCAACACCAUCGUCCACCACAGCACGCAGUCAACCCUCUUCGACUGUACCUCCUGCAUACAUAACUCGCAGUGGCCGUCACGUUCAUUUUCCCGAUCGUUUAGUUACCCAUUUUUUCUAG